AUGGGGUCAAUUGCGCAGCGAGAGGAUCUAGAGGGACAGCUAUCUUCUCUAGACGAGUCGGAACUCCAGAGCCUUUGCUCUCACCUAGGAUUCCGCACAAGCUACCCAAAAUCUUCGCACGUCACCCCAGACCGUCAGUUCUACCUGGAGGUCUUGGCAUCUUCUUAUGAACGCAAGGUGCCCUUCCAAGAAGUUGUCGAGAAGUUGAGUCCACUUCCGACAGAAGAAACCCUCUAUGACCCGGCUUUGCUGAGGAAUGAGACAUACGACGGAUCGAGGCCUCUGGCAAUCCCAAAGUUGAAUCUCCAGUAUCUGAGUCUCGGAGAUUUCCUUUGGCGCUCCUUCCUUCUCUACCGAUCCGAAGCAUUCUUCCAAAUCCGCAAGGACAUGGAGUCCCUCGUUAAACGCAUGCAGCCAAAGGCAACGCGCGAUGGAACCUUGAACUUUGAAGGUUUCUCUCGAAUGGCCAUUCCAAUUUCAAAGCCUGCUAUCAUUGAUGUUGCACCACCAAGGGUCGGGGCAGCAACCCCGGCCUUUGUUCGAGCGGAGAUCGCGAUAGAAGUGGGAAGACUUGCAGAUAAUGUUAGGAGAGAAUGGGAUUCACUCCGUCCCGAUGACGUUGUCUAUCUUUUGGCGGUCCAGUCCAGCUCGUCACAGUCGGAACAAGGUGCAUCUGAAGCCGCUCGGAUGACCCAUCUUCGAACGGCCGAGAUCGUACAGGUACUUGACGAGCAAGGCCGCGCAUUGCGACAAUCUACUGGCCAGGCAAAUGGCUCUCAACCCAGAGCACGAUUGAGGAGAUUGAUCGUAAACUUGGACGCGGCUGCAUUCAAAGCCGACAAGGACCAGCAGGCCCACGGCAAACCGGACAUUUACCCCCUCAUCAACGUGGUUGCACGGAGAAAGGGCAGGGAAAAUAACUUCAAGUCAAUUCUGCAGACGAUGCAAAAGCUUAUCGUUUCUGAUAUGACGCUUCCUUCUUGGCUCCAGGAUAUCUUCCUGGGCUAUGGAGAUCCCGCUAGUGCUCGAUACACGCAACUGCCAAACAGACUUAGCACUGUCGACUUCCGAGACACACUUUUGGAUUGGUCGCAUUUGGUGGAAAGCUUCCCGGGCAUUGAACCGUCGGGGGCUGAGAAUGCCAGCUUUGGUCCGCCCUACGUGCUUGAAUAUGUUAACCAAGAGUCUGCAGCAGAGCCUCACGCGCCGAAGAGGCGACGCCGAGAACAAGCCGCCGAGACAGAGCUGGUGCCUAGCAAUAUGCGUGUUUCCACAUAUAAGCCACCAAACCCUGGUCCCUACCCUGUCGACACUCCAAAAUUGAACAAGAUCCGAUUCACCCCGGCCCAAGUGGAAGCCAUCGCAUCUGGAACACAGCCUGGGCUCACCGUCAUCGUGGGACCGCCUGGUACUGGAAAGACCGAUGUCACCACCCAAAUCAUUAACAACAUUUACCAUAACUUCCCCGAUGAACGAACACUACUCAUUGCACACAGCAACCAAGCCCUCAAUCAAUUAUUCCAGAAAAUUAUUGCUCUUGAUAUUGAUGAACGGCACUUGUUGCGUCUGGGCCACGGCGAGGAAGAAUUGGACACUGAUUCCAACUACAGCAAGUAUGGUCGAGUCGAAUCCUUCCUUGACAACCGCAACCAUUACCUGUCAGAAGUGAUGCGCUUGGCAGCAUCAAUUGGGGUCGAGGGUGCGCAUGGAAAUUCAUGCGAGACUGCAGGCUACUUCAAUACAGUUUACGUGCAGCCAACAUGGGCCAAAUUCUGGGAUCGAGCCAAUGCCGAAGGAACAUCAAAUGAAGAUAUUAUCGCAUCCUUCCCGUUCCAAUCAUACUUUGCAAAUGCUCCCCAGCCCCUAUUCGAAGCUGUAGCCGCGAAGGAGGCAAUUAUCGACACUGCUGCAGGCUGCGAACGUCACAUCGCUCGAAUUUUCUCCGAGUUGGAGGACAUCCGGCCAUUCGAGAUCUUGAGACAACCUCGCGAUAAAGCGAACUAUCUCCUCGUAAAGGAGGCACGAAUCAUCGCGAUGACCUCGACCCACGCAGCUAUGCGUCGGCAAGAAAUUGCCGAUCUAGGCUUCCACUACGACAAUGUGGUCAUGGAAGAAGCGGCGCAGAUUACUGAAGUUGAGAGUUUCAUCCCCAACGCUCUGCAAAACAUGAAGAACGGCGAGCUUCCGCUCAAGCGUGUUGUUCUCUGUGGUGAUCACCACCAGAACUCGCCCAUCAUUCAAAACAUGGCUUUCCGUCAAUAUGCUCACUUCGAGCAAAGUCUCUUCUUGCGACUGGCGCGGUUGGGUGUCCCAGUAAUCAACUUGGAUAAGCAGGGACGCGCACGACCUAGCAUUGCAGAGCUCUUCCGCUGGCGGUACAAGCAACUCGGAGAUCUUCCGGUGGUCGAAACUGCCCCUGAGUACCAGCAGGCCAACGCCGGGUUCCAGUUCGACUACCAGUUCAUCAAUGUCCCCGACUACCAGGGUUCUGGAGAGCGAGAGCCGACACCUCACUUUAUCCAGAAUUUGGGUGAAGCCGAGUACGCAGUGGCCAUGUAUCAGUACAUGCGACUCUUGGGCUAUCCUGCUUCUAAAAUCUCGAUCUUAGCCACAUAUGCUGGGCAGACGGCUUUGAUCCGGGAUGUAUUGAGUCACCGCUGUGGAAAGAACCCCAUGUUUGGAAUGCCCAAGAUUGUGACGACAGUGGAUCGCUACCAGGGAGAGCAGAAUGAUUACGUGAUCCUUUCUCUCACCAGAACUCGUAGCGUCGGAUACCUGCGCGAUGUUCGCCGUCUGACCGUCGCUCUCUCCCGCGCACGACUAGGUCUGUAUAUCCUCGGCCGACGAGAAGUCUUCGAAUCGUGCUACGAACUCAAGCCCGCAUUUGACCUUCUUCUGCAACGACCGGAUAAGCUCAUGCUCGCGCCUGGCGAGAUGUUCCCGUCGUCGCGGGAAGCCAGCGCCGCUAUUGAGGGCACACCGAUGGAAAGUGUCGAGCACCUUGGACAGUACGUGUUUGAGAUGACGCAGGCCAAAGUCAAGGCUAUGGAUGAUGGAGAUAUCACCAUUGAGGAUGCGGCGCCGGCUGGCGAAGAUGAAUAUUUGGAUGAGGAUGAGGCUAUGGGAGCUGCUGAUGGGGAUGAAGAUAUUGUAUGA